CGUCACCUCCACUCUUGUCGGAUCCAAAGCUCCCCCAAGACAAGAUCCGCGAAGCCACCAUGUCCUCCUCCUUCGAUUCCGUCGCGGCCGUGGUGGGCGACGAGGACGCGCUGCCACCAGCCCCCUUUGACCCGGUCGUCGACGUCCCCGUCGUGGAUGACGGAGGCGAGCAGCAGCAGGGCCUCGGCAUGCGCCGCGGCCACCGCUUCGCUGCGUCCUACUCGUCCUUCGGCACCGCCGUCUCGGACGACGACCUGGCGGGGUUUGCGAGCGAUGCCGACGGUGGCGCGUACGGCGGCUUCGGCAUGCCGUCGGACUCCAACGGCGGGGCCGCGUACGGGUACGGCGAGGACGCGAUGAACGGCGUGGAGCACGUCAUGGGCGCUGAGGACGUGAUUGAUGGCGCGGUGCACGGCGUUGUUGGCGGGGGCAUCCGUGGCGGCCUCCGUGACGACGUGCUCAGCGCGGCGGCUGAUGACGGCCCCGUCCUGCCCCCGCCGGAGGCCAUGCGGGAUGAGGGCAUCCUCCGCCGAGAGUGGCGCCGCCAGAAUGCGUUGAUGCUGGAGGAGAAGGAGAGGAAGGAGAGGGAUCGGCGCAGCGAGAUCAUCGCGGAAGCAGAGGAGUUCAAGAAAUCCUUCCUCGAGAAGCGCAAACUCAACUGCGAGACCAACCGGACUCAGAACAGGGACAGGGAAAAGCUGUUCCUGGCGAACCAAGAGAGGUUCCACAAGGAGGCGGACGGGCAAUACUGGAAAGCGAUCGCGGAGCUGGUGCCGCACGAGAUCCCGGGGCUGGAGAAGAGGGGUAAGAGGAAGGAGCAGGACAGGAAGCCCGGCAUCGUGGUGGUGCAGGGACCCAAGCCAGGCAAGGCCACCGACCUCUCCCGGAUGCGCCAGGUCCUCAUGAAGCUCAAGCAGAAACCGCCGCCGCACAUGGAGCCUCUACCCGUGCCUGCGAAGGAGGAGAAGAAGGACGGCGACAAGGACAGCAAGAAGGACGGCAACGACGCCAACAAGGAUGAUAAGAAGGACGGUAUGCAGGCAGCUGGAGAGGCCGACAAGAAGAUGACGGGCGGCGAUAUGGCUGCACCGAGCGGCAAUGCCACCGCUGUGCCUCCCCCAAAUGAGGCGCCUGCAGAUAAGGCGCCGGAGCAGCCGGCCAAGAAGUGAUUGACACACGCUGGAGAAGAUUUUGCUGGUUAAUAACAAUUAACGACACCUGGAAUAAAGGUUUACAAGCAGUGGUUCUGAUUUCUGAACGUUCUGAAGGAAAGCUGC